UCGUUUUACUUUUUUUUAAUUUUUUUGUUAUAUUGGUAACAUUGUUUAAGAAAGAUGGUUGACGGUGGUACACUUUUCUGACAAAAAUUGGAAAACUCAAUCUUUUUGUUAUUCUAGACCUUCUGAACAAAGUUUUUUGCCGUCGUAUGUAACUGCGGUUACACUGAGACGUGACAAUGGUUAAGAAAAAGAGACAGAGCGAUCCUGGUGAGAAUGGCGAUGAAUCUACGGAAUCGUGCGACGAGAACGUCAAAUCCGCAUGUCCUCAUGUAGCCAAGGCUGUAGACCUGACGCAGCUGAAGAAGGCGCUCAAAACGGGAGGCUUCCAGACGGAAUGCUCCGAGUGUAAGAAGUCGUCCAAGACCGAGGUCUCUGACCCCGAUUUCGAAGAAGACCUUUCGUUAUGGAUGUGCUUGCGUUGCGGGUCGCAGCUCUGCGGACGGACACGGAACAAGCAUGCCCUGAACCACUUCAAGACCCCGCGCUCCGACUGCCAUGCCCUCACUGCCAACACGACCACUUGGGAAGUAUACUGCUACAACUGCAACAAUGAAGUUACCGCUUCCAGUGCUAAGAAGCUGCAUGAAUGUGUAGAAUACCUUAAAAAGCAAGCAGUAGGCGGCGGGAAUGCUAAAUCACUCCCUCCAAUUGAACUGCCUUAUAAUCAAGACUCAAAAAUUGAUGUUCCAACUGUAGAAACUAUAAUUAAAAUUGACCCACUAUCUAAAGGAAAAGACAAGGCUAUGUUAAGUCUACCAAGAGUGAGAGGCCUCACAAAUCUAGGAAAUACUUGCUUUUUCAACUCAGUGAUGCAGUGUCUGGUGCAGACACCGUAUUUGUUGCAAGUUCUGCAGGAGAUGGCUAAUCCUGGUGAGAGGUUCACUUUGCCUGGUGGAAAGUUGAAGCUGAAACCGGACGGUGAUGAUGGGAAAGAGGUGGACCUGCCUCCGAUAACGGGACAGCUGGCUGAGUGGGGGACAUUGACCCGCACUCUGUCGGAAACAUUAAGUGAAUUACAAGCAGGUGAAGGUGGAGUGUACAACCCUCGGAAGCUGCUGUCAGCGCUGGUGAACAAGCUGCCUCAGUUCGGAGGCGGCGACCAGCAUGAUGCUCAUGAGCUGCUCCGGCAUUUGCUUGAAGCUGUCAGGUCAGAGGACCUCAGACGCUAUCAAUCGGUCAUACUCAGCAGUCUCGGCAUGAGUUCCAAGGUCGACCCCGCCAAGGUCGACGGCGAGGUCAAGCAGAAGGUCAAGUUCUACGGCCAGCAAGCGUCCGACACUAUGCUGAGGCCUGAACAGGUAACUAAGGUGUUCCGCGGCUUCCUAGUCUCGACCCUGGAGUGCCAGGAGUGCCUCCACCAGUCUGACCGCGCGGAGUACUUCCUGGACCUCUCGCUCCCGGUGGCAGCCAGCAGGCCGCAACCCCCGGCAGUCGUGAGGAGGAAAACACCUAAUGAAGAGAAUGUUUACAAUGCGCAAGAGGAGAAACCUUCAAAACACCAAUUGAAGAAGGAGCGGAUAGCUGCCCGCAAGGCCGCCAGAAAGAACAAAGGUAACUCGACGUCCAAAGACGAGCCGUCGACUGACGCCAACGGUACGACCAAGACUGAUGGUAAGUCUUCUUCGGAGCAAUCUGACGCGGAUGUAGAGGAUAACCUUGAGGAUAUGCCUCGGCAGCCUGACACCCAUACUGUCUCCGUGGGCACCCAAGCCAUUGCCCACACGGCGGCAAACUUCGCAGCCUACCACAUGGAGUCAGGGUACAACUCCGAGAAGGUCAUCAGCUCCGACUCCAUCCGCACCAGUCCCGUCGACAUGGACAAGGAGAAAACAGACAACACUCCCGAACAUGCGGACAAAGACAAGGUCGAAUUCGCCGACCAUUCCACGUCGACCACAGCGAUACCGCUCGAAUAUAAACCCCUUAUUUCUUUAGAGAACCUCUCUAACCCGGACUCGGGAGUCGCGAGUCCGGAGGCCACGAAACAUAACUCUACAGAAACUGUGGAUAAUGUGGACUCCCCGACUAAUGGCAAGGAGCUCGGCAGCCAUAGCUCGCUCUCCAGCGAAAUUAACCUCGACCUGUCCAGUCCGCAGCAUAACAAACUGUCCCCCGUCAAAACGGAGUUCGAGAGGCCGGUGUCGAGGAUAUCCUUCGUGCCCGAGUACUCCAACGAGGUGGUGUCUCGAGGGAUCAGCGUGCAAGGGUGUCGGAGUGUGCUCGAGCACAGCGGGGAGAGCAGCUACGAGUCCUUACCCGAGAGCAAGACUCUCAACGACUUGAACAAUCAUUUGGACAAACUCAAACUGUACAUGGAUGACUCUAAGACCAAGACCAAGCCCGCGUUACCUUCUCCGGUAGCCGUCGAGGCGCCUGCCGACCCGCCGCCGCCCGCGCCCAAGCCUAAAGUCAACAACAUCGAUGCCGAGAAGAGUCAGAGAGACUUCAUGCCCUACUCGCGACAGAGUCCGCUGUCACCGCGAUACGUAUGCGACGAAGAUGAGUGCAGCAUCCAGUCCUGUCUCAGUCAAUUCACUGCUCUUGAGUUGCUGACAGGCAACAACAAAGUUGGCUGCGAGACGUGCACAGAAAGAAUCAACGGUAAAGACGGAAAGACAGUGUAUACAAACGCGACUAAACGGUUCCUAGUAUCGAGUCCGCCGGCCAUACUGAUUCUGCACUUGAAGCGGUUCCAGAUCGGGCCGCGCUGCAUGUUCCGCAAGAUGUCCAAGCACGUGGACUUCCCCACGGUGCUGGACCUGGCGCCGUUCUGUGCGAUGGACAAGGUGCGCAAGCUGCCGAAUGUAGCGCGGGGGCAGUCGUCGCUGCUGUACUCGCUGUACGGCGUGGUGGAGCACUCGGGCGGCAUGCACGGCGGGCACUACGUGGCGUACGUGAAGGUGCGGGGCCGGGUGGCGCCGGGCGACGCGCGCUGGUGGUUCCUGCCGCGCGGCGGGCACACGGCGCCGGCGGCGGGCGACGCGGACUCGGAGUCGGAGCUGUCGGGCUACGAGUCGGGCGAGGCGCCGGCGCCGCGGGCGCGGCCGCCGCCCGGCAAGUGGUACUACGUGUCGGACAGCAUGGUGUCGGAGGUGUCGGAGGACAAGGUGCUGCGGGCGCAGGCCUACCUGCUGUUCUACGAGCGCAUCCUGUAGGCGAGCGUCCGCGCGACGUCCCGGCCUAAGCGAGGAUUGGCAUUUAAGUGGAAGACUGGUAGCAUCUACGUAGGCGAGUCGCAACAUGUUACGUCACUGUACGCGCUGUAUAUAGCUUCGGAGGUUAUUAUUUACUGGCUUUUUGUUUCAUCGUACUAUUUGCGCGGCGACGCGCUAUGUGAUUAGUUUAUUUCUAUUAAUGAAUUGUUUAUGUAUAAUAUUAGGUCGUGUGGCGCCGGUUGGGGGGUAUGCCCGGGUUCUACGAGCACAUUUUAGUUUGUUACACUCAUAAUCUUGUUACCAUAGGUGCUAAACGCCCGGCGAAUAUUAGCUCGAACGAGUAAUAUCAUACGUCACGACCAGCGCCACACAGACUCAUCCUAAGCUUGUUAUACUGUUAGUUUUAUAUAACGAACUUGAUGAAUAUAAUUAGUCACAUAAUAUUAUUACACAGCUAAUCUGUGCUCUAUAUAAAUUAUGUUUGAACUGCAACUGUUCUGCGAUACCAUUGUCUAGUAUCGCCAUGCAUUAUGAAGAAAACAAUUUCCUAGGAGUAAUUCUCCAUAAUCUAGCACAUGAAUAUAGUAUCAUAUGACCGCUGUCGAAGAAUAACGUCGUAACAGCAGAACUAAAGGAAUUGAGAACAAGAAGCGGGCGCACUUACGACGUUAUUCGCCGAAGUGGCGCGUAGUGUUUCUAUAAGUCAAUGUAAUUGAUAAUAACGUGACGUUGAAACGAAUAUUUAAAUUCAUCUCAUUAAGAUUAAAUGUUUCACCCUACGUACGUAAUUGGUCGAUUGAUUUUCGUGUUAUAUUUAUUCUUAUAUUUAUGUUUGUAUUCUGUAAUCGUGUUUUCGCUGGGUUUUUGUUUGUCGGAGUCGCUGGAACUGGACGGCGGCCGAUAAGGACGUCGGCCUGUGUUAAAUCGGUCAAGUCUUCCAUUAAGGUGUCAACAGGAAUGUACCCUUACAUUACAACCAAUAAAUGAUUUUCACUCGAUCGCCGCUUUUAACGAACUAGAUAAGUUAUUUAUUAUAGUCUGUGUUGUCGGUUACGUCAAUUUUUGGACUGUCAGACCCUAGUUUUAAUUCAAGUCAUUUCUUUUCUUAA